AUGCUCUUCGAAGAAUGUCUCAAUUAUUCUCCGCCACGCUCUCCAACUACAAGCGACCAAGAGUCUCGUCAGAAGCUUCGCUCCGAGUUCACAAGCUCGAGAUACUACACCAAGAUGAGUUCACGUCUCUCGAGGCCACAAACCAUCAGCGAGACAACAUCCACCGGCAACGACAGCGGCGAUUCUAUCCCAGCAAUAGCACAGACCGACGACGAAGCUCGACUGCUCCACGUACAGCUAUCGACCGUCUCCACAGGAAUGUGCACGCAAGCGUACCAGCAAGCCCUCGCCAACCGCAUCCACCAGCGCCUCAUCACAGACAAAGGGAAAUACAACACCAACGAAUAUCCUCCCGUCAUCGUCCACGACAUCAUGAUGCUGCCGGGCUCUCUCGCAGCUCUCAUCGGCAAGGUAAGGUAUGAAGGAGACGCAUGCACAUGAGAUCCAAACCACAUUUCCUGACCGCCCGCUGUGCGCAGGACUCUCCUAUCCAGCUCAUCCCCAGAAUGACACCAGCUCUCCUCUGCGACAUCAAAGCCCACGUGAUCCCAGACACCCUGCAGCCGUGCCUAUCACGCCGUCCCGCGAGUCAAGGGGCAUAUACCCAUGGCAUGCUCGUCUUCGGCCUCUCCAAGGAAACCCGCAAGCUCAUCCACCAGCACUACCGCCCACAUGCCAAACGGAAAUCCAUCCCUGUCGAGGCUGAAGUGAAAGUGCUCACCCCAGAUGAAGAUGGCCAAACUUCCUGGAAACUCGAGCGCCGAGCGAUGAGAGCUCAUGCUUGGCUCUGCAACAACAACGGCAAGGGGGCUCAUCGAGUCGUCGAGGGAGCUACUUGGACUCUGGAAGAUUACCUGGAAGGCAAGCUGGAGCCAAAACAGACUGUCCUACGGAUCGAACCGAACAUGAGAGGUGAUGAGGAUGACGAUGGGUUCAUAGGGAGGGAAGUGGAAGAAACGAUCCUCAAGCGGGAAGUAAGGGAAGAAGUGCAAAGCGGGCCGGGUGAAAUGGAGGUAUAUACGCGAAUCAAGGGGUGUGGAUUCAGCGGGUGGUGA